UGUAGCUUUAUCAUUAUGCCACAGGUGGCAGGCUUUGUCGACAAUGGAUCAAGCUAUUUUCCACAGCACUGAAAAUUCCUAUUUAAGCGCUAGCUCACUUCAUGUUCUCUUCCAAUCUCACUCAUACUUGCGACUUUGAUCUUCCGAAUGUCCCCCGCUGCUGAUACUCGAUCUCGUACUGGAGGCGCCAAUUACGACGAACCAGCUGACACAGCGGCCAAGUGUUCCGCGAUAACCGACCGUAGUCCGCGCGCGAAGGGUGCAACUCUGCGACGCUUCAAAAAAGAGGAAGGUGUAAUCUACCACAUUCCAUCAAGUUCCGAUCUAGCAAGUCUCUUCGCAUUAGACGAGAGUAACCCCCCCUUGGUGAACCCCCCUACUCUCAACAAGAAGUUCUCUUCCCCGUCGAUUGACACAAUCCGUCCCCUCCGAGCCGUUCGUCGACUCUUGCGCACGUCUGAGACAGUGGCUCCUCCUAAAACAACUUACGAACAUGCAGUCAAGAGCUCCACAUCGUCUCCGACAAAGUCGCCUUCAAAUAAAUCAGGUUCUCGCAAACUCCGACGAUCAGCGUCUUCGAGAGUGGAGGAUGGUGCAGAAACGGACAUUGCCAGCAUUACUUCUCGCAUUCUCCAGCGUCUCACCAUCCUCCAAGUUCCCUUCGAUCUCGACAAUGUCAGAGAACAAGUGCCCAUUUCACAGACCACAGUCGAUGCUACGCCACUGAAUCCUACCGUUGAAGAUCUUAACAUGAAGGUCCGCUGCCACGAACGCCACGUCACGAUAUGGGACGCGCCCGACUGUGCGUUCUUCAUCUUCCCAGCGCAACUCCUGAUUGCAUGUACCUCUAAAAAUGAUUUCGAUCCCCUGGCUAUUCCGGACGUCACGAUUGUCGAUCUCGUCUGCACUACAGUGGCUAUAAAUGGCCCUUACAAGUCUCACCCCCAAAUCGCGUUCAGGACAUUUUAUGAUGGCGCCACGAUAUGCUACGUGAAAGAUGAACCUACGCUCGAUCUGUCUCGAGGCAUUCAUAUUGGGAAUGUCCCCUGGUGUUCUACUAUGGACGGUGAUGGUAAUUUCGGGUGGUACAUGCGCUUCUGGAUUCCAAUACCGUUCGCACUCUUCCAGCGAGCCGAGACAAGGACUUUCAAGAUAGAUGUCAAGGUACACGUUAAUGGAGAGGAUGGUAAAGGCGGAUUUUUAAACGCUUCGAGUGAGUUCACGUUAUCGAGGUUGCGGAGAGGUUUGGCGAUGUAAAUUUAGAAUCAUAUGGAUGUUGCUUUGUGCUAAGUACUGAUACCUAUAAAUUUUGACACUGAACCCUUGACGAGUGUCUGACUAACUAUCCUCAAGUGGCACAGUCACAAUAGCCUGAAUUGAUUGCCUUUGUCUGAGCCUUAAACAUCAUAGUUCGCCGCUUACAUUUACCUGGUGCAUAGAAUAAAGGAUCAAGCGGACUUCAAAAUCGUUUUCCUCAGCCAGCUCGAAAGCCACGAAUGCUCAUCACACACAGGGUUGCUUCAUGCAUCCAAAUUCCUGAGCGGGCUAAGGUCUGAGUAUUCCAAUCCUCCUCGAUCGGCUCUAGCAGAGCCCAGCUGUAAUCAGCUGCGCGACGUACCAGAAAAGCAGCUUCACUUUUCAAACCCC